AACCGAGUAUAAACUAGGAGUAAACUCGCCCGCUCCCCCGUCGCCGCGCGACCUACGUUCACCAACACAGGCGCGCGCGCGGCAACCCCGUCCAGUCAGCCUUCCCGACGUCGAAGCCAGACGACAUUGGGGCCAAGACGACGGUACGGCAGUCGCCGUCUGAGUCUCACGCGGUGCGCGCCGAGUCAGUCGUCAGCCCGGCUUCGUAGCGAGCGGACGUGCGCGUCUACGGAUCUCUCUCGCUCUCGCACUCGCGCAGCGGUGCCCUGCAUCGCACGUACCAUCGCCGUAUAGAAUACGUACGUGUACUCCGCGUUACACGCGCCGCGUACGUAAACGCGCGCCCGCGGUCUCGCAGCCGAGCUCGCGCAGUGCAACGCAACGUAACGCGACGCAACGCGCGCACGACGUGUCGUGAUCGCGCGCGGAGUUCAAGUUCACUCCGCCCGAGAGGGAGGAAGGAAGGAAGGAAGGAAGAGGCAGGAAAGAGGGCACCGGCGUCCCCGCGGUGGCCCGGUCGAUCCGUUUCUCUCCUCGGAAAGUGCCUCGUCCCGCGAGUGUCCCUCGCGUACGGCACGUACUGUACCGCGGGAGGUUUUUUUCUUUUUUUUGGAGUUUUCGCCUCGGCGAGUGGCCGCGCGCCGGUGGAGUAUACACGCUACGCCACGCCGAGGUAAAGUUCUCCCCGCCCCGCGCGAGAUUCGUGUUACGGGGACGACUGUUAUGUCGCUGUGACAGCCGCCGCGCCGGAGGUUCGAUGAACGGAGCGCCGCGUGCCGUUCCCGUUUCGACGAUCGCACCGCGAUAGUUACGCCUGGUGGAACCAGUACGCGCACGCCUUCCCGAGGGUCGCCGGGAUCGACGAGGGAUCGACGGCAAAGUGGAUCGCCGUUCCGUCGCGCGCUGCGGAUCGACGGGACCUUUCGAUAUUGAUGUACUAAGAAGACAUCGAGAAAUUAUGGUGGCAGAGUUUGUCGUCCGCCAGAGUGGAUCGCCCAUCAAUGGUGAGACCGCGUGUCUGAACAGCAACAUGCCGGCCACGCACACAAUGGCCCACAGCGGCGGUCACGGCGCGCCCCACAGCGGGCCCCACGACGCCCAUGGACCCCUCACGGUGCCCCUUACGCAUCCCGGCCAUCACGGCGGGCCCCCAGCCGGGAUCCAGCAGCAGCAUCAGCAUCAACCGCAGCAGCAGGCGCCGCUGCCGCCGCAACAGCAGCAGCAGCCGCAACCGCCGCAUCAUCCCCACCAUCACCAGGCCCAGCAGCCGCAGCAGCAGCAGCAGCAGCAGCAGCAGCAACAGCAGCAGCAACAGCAGCUCCUUCACCACGACGGGUCGCCGGUGAAUACGCACCCCGACAGCUACUCGCCCAACUUCGAGCUACGGAAGGAGCUGUUCUCGCAACGCAAGCAGCGCGAGUUCAUCCCCGACAACAAGAAGGACGACAGUUAUUGGGAUCGUCGCAGGCGCAACAACGAGGCGGCCAAGCGGUCGCGCGAGAAGCGCCGCUUCAACGACAUGGUGCUGGAGCAACGGGUGAUGGAGCUCAGCAAGGAGAAUCACAUUCUCAAGGCGCAGCUCGAUGCGAUACGCGACAAGUUUGGCAUCUGCGGCGAGUCUGUUAUCAGCACGGAGCACGUGCUGGCCGCGCUGCCCACCGAGUCCACGAUCAGCGUGAAGCGCGCGAAGAUACCGGCGUCGGCGACGCUUCUUUACGCGCGCUCGCCCAGCCCGGUGCACACGUCGGUGAUCCACCAGCCGGUGAGCGGUGCCCGUUCGCCGAGAUCACCGGCCCAGCUCUACGUGCCCGAGACGACCGCUUACCCGGAGACCGAGAGCUUCCAGUACCCGUACUCGCACCCGGCGAUGCACCACCUGGACAACACCGCGCUCAACCUGUCGUCGCGCGGUCGCCGGGCGCAAUCGCCAUUCGAGCUGUCGUCGGGCAGCGGCGACGAGGCCGGUCCCCAGAUGGUCGUGGGCUCCCAAAACAACCCGACCGCCAACAACAGUCUGCCCCACAAGCUCAGGCAUAAGUCGCGCAUCGGCGACAAGGACGCCGCGAGCGCGCUCCUCGCGCUUCAGGGUAUCAAGCAGGAGCCGGGACCCCGGGCGUCGCCGCCCUGGGACGAGGGCUCCAGCGACGAGCGCGACUCCGGUAUCUCGCUGGGCGCCGAGUGGACCGGCCCGACCGUCACCGCGGUCUCGGAGAGCGAUCGGGAGGUCAAGUUGAAGCUGGACCGCCUCGCGUCCGAGGUCGCGUCCCUGCAAUCGAUAUUCCGCCUUGGGAAACCCGUCGCAGCAGCGGUGGCGACCGCGGCGACGGACAGCCUGGUGACGGGUCACUCCGCCACGGUCAGCGGGCCGUGAAGGACACGGCCCUCCCCUCUUCUCUUCGCGGGUCACUGCGAGUCCUCUUCCCCCUGGCCGGAUGCCGGGGUCCUUGGAAAUUGAGCACGCAGACCGUCGUCUGGAGAACGCGUGGGAAGAACGACGGGCCCUCAGACCGUCGCCGAGGUUUCAGUCGCAAUACAACCGAGCUGCGCCUCGGCGUCUGCGAUCGGUCCUACGAAGAAUUUUGUAAAAAAUUGAUUUGUCUCAAGGACGAGGAGCGCGCAAAGAGUUUUCGCGUGCCGGUGCAACGGGGAAGCGAUUCGCAGAUAUAUCCAAGUAACGAUGAAACGCCUCGCGAGUAAUUCGCGAUUGUAUACCGAUUGCUAGCGAUCGCCGCUCGUUGCACGAGAGUCGUCGAUGACCGGGAGACGUAGCGAGAGACUCUCGUCUCUCGCCGCGUCUCUCUCUGCGAAGAACUUUAAUCCUUCAACCCGUAGAUUAUACCUCCCUGGAACGCGAGGCUUCCUCUUCGAUAAAACUUAUAACUUAUUGUGAUACGCGAGAGACGUCGGCUGACGUCGUUUGGAAACGAAUACCCCCCUCGCGGGUGGACUCGACGGCUACCGGGUCGAAGGGUUAAAGGCGUUCUCCACUCUUCAGCCCGAAGCGAGGUGGAAUUAGGAGCUAAGAGCCGAAUGCGAUACCUUGUAGCGCUGUAAGUUACGUUGUAAGUCUCCCGUAGGCUAAUCGUUCUUCUAUUAUUACCAUUAUCGUUAACUAGAGAGAGCUUUGUCGAUUCGGGCAAGCGUGUCGCGGCGAGUCGGGCCGAGCGUAUAAUCGGCGCGAUCGUGCGAGCGAAGCACCGCGAUCUGUAUUAAACGGAGCAUUGUUAUACACGCGAGUUACUCCUCCCCUUCCCGAUUGAUGAUUGGUCGCGCAACCGGCUAUCUCACUACCAUCGGAUACCCAUAAUACGAUCCAUUCCCGCGCACGAGGCGGGGAUCGCUUCUUCCUUCUUUCAUUUUUCCCCUCGCGUCACCGUCACCAUCAUCGUCAUCCUCUUCCUAUUCGCGUCUCGCGCAGCGGAGCUUCGAGACGUCGAGCUUUUCAAUUCGCGUUCAUUUUAUUUAUUCGCCAAAACCGAAUCCCCCGUUUAAUUUCGCACACCAGCGCGUGUUGACUAUCGGCAACUUUCGCAAGCGGAUAUCCACUUUGCUCGGAACUUCGGAAACUCGGUUCGCUGGUGCUCUCACUCCCGAAUUCGCUCUUGGUUUUUUUUUCUCCCCUCUUAUUUAUUGCUUCCCUCCGUCGCGUCUCCGGAAAGCCGCGCCGAAGCUCCGCGAGUUCUCGGCUUUCUUUUCCUCUCGCUCUACUUCGUUUCCUCGAACGUUCCCAGGUCCGCAAUCACGCUGGUCGAUCCGGGCUUGACUGCGAGACGGGGAAGGAAUCGCGCGUGGCAGCGUCUCUCCUCGGCACUCGCGCUAAAUUUCUCUCACGACGCUUUGCGCGACGUUGUCUGUUGUCUCCCUUUUUAUACUUUUGCUAUCGAAUCCGCCCGUACAGUCGCACGGGUGGCGAGUGUCUGUGUGUGUGUGUGUGUAUAUAUGUACAUGUAUAAAGAAAACGAAAGUGCAUCUGUGUUACAAACGCCGGACGAGAAACGCUAACUUUGUAUGUACAAUCGCCGCGGAAAGUCCUCUCGGAAGGCGGAAUUUAGCGCGCAUUGAAGUAUUAAGCGAGCCUAUAGGUGUAUGUAAUAUAUAUUUACAUAGCAUAUAUAUACUUGCAAGAAAUAUAUAUAUUAUAUGCAUAUAUAUAUAUUUUUCAAAUUAAUGUAUUUUUCGAUAUCAUUGAAGCGAGCUGUAACGCACGUGCAGCGUUUGAUUGCGCCGUUGCCGAUUCGGAGAUGCGUGAGAUUACGUUACGACGGAUUAUGUUGCAUUGUAACCGGCCGUUACCGAGAUCGCGUUAUCGGCCUGGACCGAAGUGCGAUUUUUCUCGGGAGCGCGAAACGAGGAGGGAAAGCGAGGAUAUUUGUCCGGCGACGAGGGAGCCAAGUCGGCGACGUGAAGAGAGAGAAUACCGGCGAUACUUUGCUGAUCAUUGUCCCCGAUCGAUCGACCGUUCGUUUUUACCACAUGUGAUACGCGAGAGCGAUAACAGGCGCGAAUCGACGUUAACGGGAGCAACCGUAAAUAGCGAAAAGGCAUCUCUAUUUAUUGUACGCUAAUCGCCUAUGUUAUAUACGGAAGAGCGUGCGGCGACGACGACGACGACGACGAGGAAAUUGGAGAACGCUCGAUCGUUGACCGGCGGUGUCUCAGAGUCUCCUCUCGCGGACGGAGCCUCGUCUGUUUAUUUCUCUCUUGCUCCCGUAUUCUUGUUUUUUUUUUCCUUUACUCUCCCCAGCGCGAAUGUUCCAUAUUUUGUACGGUACACUUGUAAAUUAAUUCCGCGGCCAGCGACGGGUCGCGCGAGGGAGCCUCGAACCACCGCCGAGUUUUCAAUUCCCCCGGACCGGAGCGCAAAACUUGCGACUUGAAAUCGACGAUACAAAGCGUAAAUAGCAAUAAAACAUGUUUCGAGUCGUCGUCGCCGAGCUCCGAUAAAAGCUGUUGAAGAACGACCGCUCGCCAAAGCAACGCCGCCCGCGUUUCACAAGAAUUUAGCGUCGCAGUAAGAUACCGAGAGUGCCUGUUGUAACGACGAAGUCGUGUGCGGUUUCUCGCCGCGACCGCCGGCCCCGGCGGUCGGCGAGGGGAACGAGGAUGCUGCACCGUGUAAAUAACGUUGUCUUCUAUUGUUGACUAACGAGCGACCGCGAUUUUCGCGAUCAACGUCGACGACGUGGUCUCGACGCGAUUCCGGAUUGCAUACGCUCUACACAGACCCAGACACACAACAAACAAACAAACAAACAAACAAACACAUACAUACAUACAUACAUACACAUAUCCCUCGCGCACUAUGUCCUCGCUCGCCCCGAACGAUUCGCGUUAACGCGACGCAAUCGCGAGAGCGAGCGAGUAAGAAAGAGAGAGAGAAAGAAAGAGAACCGACACGUUACAAAUGUUGUACAUAUACAAAUCGCACCCUUUUGCCAAAAAGCAGUUACGAGGACCGCCGGAACGUCGGCCGGAGAAGGAACGACACUCUUAUCCCUUUUUCUCUGCCCCCCCCCCCCCCAAUUGUGCCCCGCGAAAUCGUUCGCGCGCGUUUCGACUACAGUUCCUAUGCACUAUACUAACGGUAAAGCGACUUAGAGGCGAGGAUCGAUGACCCGUCAUCAGAUUUGCGAUUAAAAAGAAAAGGAAAAAAUAUAUAUAUACGACCGCAAUUCCAACCAAUCGAAUAAGGUUUGGUUCUCCUUUCUCCGGCUGCUCGGAGAUGUAAGUAUUUAGACUCUAAGGGACAUAUCCACAGCGCGUGUAGUGUACUUGUAUAUGAAUACCGAUAAAUAAAUAUUUUCAAUGUUUUUGACACAAA